AUGGCUUUGAUAUCCAAUUGGAAGCUUGCUUUUGUAGCUCUACUAGUGUUAGGAAUGUGGGCUUCUCAAACCACAUCUCGUGACUUGAACGAAGCAUCAAUGGUCCAGAAACACGAGUACUGGAUGGCUCGCUUUGGACGUGUGUACAGAGAUGAUGCAGAGAAGGCAAAGAGGUUAAAAAUAUUCAAGAACAACGUUGAUUACAUUGAGUCAGUCAACAAGGCAGGAAUCAGGCCUUAUAAGUUGGGCAUCAACGAAUUUGCAGAUUUAACAAAUGAGGAAUUUAGAGCGACUCACAACGGAUACAAAAUGUCUUCUCAUCAGAAGUCAUCAAAAACCGUAUCAUUCAGGUAUGAAAAUGUGACUGCUCCCGCCACCAUAGAUUGGAGAACGAAGGGCGCUGUUACUGGUGUUAAGGACCAAGGGCAGUGUG